UAGACAUUGUGUGCUGGAAGGACGCUCCUUACGUUAGUGAAUGUAUAUGUGUGUGUGCGUGUGUGCGUGCGUGUGUGUUUCUUACUCAUGAAUCGCUCCAGAAGGCUGGAGGACCUCCUAGCAAUAUGCUCCGUAUUACAUCAGCAGCGCACAGCACUCUACUGCCGACCUAACUACAAUAACAGAGACCUGAUCCUGGAAAGCCAGAGAAGGCUACUGAUUUACCUUUAGGUUGUAUUUGUGUGUUCCUCCUUACCGGCGUUGUCAUACCCUGAAAAUUAUAACUUCUUUUUAUUUAAUUCUUGUCUGCCUUUUAUCGCAGCUGGAUCAAGCAAGCAGACUCGGACAAGUUUGGCACUAACAGAAUGGGCAUGGAAGUGGCAUUGCCCUAGUAAACGCAGUACAAGUGAUAUUAAAAGGAGCACUUUUUUGCCUCCCUUCCCCCAAAUUAACUGGAAUGACUUCGUUAAUGUAUACUUUGGCGGUAAUACAACUGAAAGUGUUUAUGCUGACUGAAGGUAGCCCCCUUAAAUCUACGUGUCCAACUGGCUAUUUCCCAUGUGGGAACAUCACACUGUGUUUACCUCAGUCGUUUCACUGCAAUGGAGUAAAGAACUGUCCUAACGGUGCAGAUGAAUUCAUGUGUGGUGAUAACAGCGGAUGGGCAGAGAUUUUUGAUAUGGUUAUUGAAAAGCCUAAUCCCGCAGAUUUGCCAAAUGAGUGCUAUCUUCAGCUGUAUCCUGCUGUCUGUGAUUGCAAAGAUCAUGAACUGGAAUGUGUCAACGUGAACCUGAGUUCUGUGCCACAGGUUUCAACUAAUAUAACAUUGCUGUCAUUAAAACACAAUAAAAUCCAAAGUCUGCCUGAUGAGGUUUUUGCGAAAUAUACAGACCUUCAGAAACUAUUUCUACAGAACAAUAGUAUUACGACAGUGUCUCCUAGCGCAUUUGUUGGACUGAAGAAGCUUCUAAAACUGUAUCUCAGCAGCAAUUACAUUUCAGUACUAGAAGUUGGAAUAUUUAAAGAUUUGCAAGCAUUAAGAUGGCUAAUUCUGGAUGACAAUCCUAUAGCAACAGUUUCACAACUGUCAUUCACUGGACUGACGUCUCUAAUGUUCUUAUCUAUGAUCCACAACUCACUGGAACAGCUUCCUGGACAAAGCAUCUGUGAAGAAAUGCCUUUUGUUAACUGGAUAGAUCUGGAAGGUAAUAAAAUCAAAUAUAUAAAUGAUUCUACUUUCAUGGGAUGCAGUUCUCUUACGGUGCUGUCUCUUCGGAGAAAUCACAUAACCUACCUGUCAGAAAAAGCCUUUUCACCAUUGGAAAGUCUAGGUGAAUUAGACCUUUCUUUCAACAGACUUCACGAACUACCUCGUUACAUCUUUAUGGAUUUACCAUUUCUGAAAAUGCUGAACCUAUCUUAUAACCCAAUCAAGAGAAUCCAUGUGAAUCAGUUUGAAUCUCUUAAAGAACUCCAGUCCCUAGUCCUGGAACCAAUUGAGAUAAUGGAUAUACAAAUCAGGAUGUUUCAGCCACUGGUGAACCUCUCUCACAUCUACUUCAAGAAGUUUCGGUAUUGCUCCUUUGCUCCUCAUGUACGGAAGUGCAAACCAAACACAGACGGAAUUUCAUCGCUUCAAGACCUCCUGGCAAAUACAGUGCUAAGAGUAUUUGUCUGGGUUAUUGCCUUUGUCACCUGCUUUGGAAAUCUUUUUGUAAUUUUUAUGAGAUCAUUUAUCAAAGCUGAAAACAAGCUGCAUGCCCUGUGUAUCAAAGUGCUUUGUUGUGCCGACUGUCUCAUGGGAGUAUAUUUAUUCUUCAUCGGCGUGUUUGACCUGAAGUAUAGAGGACAGUAUAACAGUCAUGCUUGGAACUGGAUGACAAGCUCAAAGUGUCACAUAGUAGGAUUUAUGGCUAUGCUGUCUACUGAAGUUUCUGUACUUUUACUGACGUACUUGACUUUAGAAAAGUAUUUGGUAAUUGUCUUCCCUUUUAACAAUAUACGCCCUGGAAAGCGUCAGACUUUGAUAAUACUUGCAUCAAUAUGGGUCAUUGGAUUUAUAAUAGCCCUUAUUCCACUAUGGAAUGAGGAAUUUUUUGGAAAUUAUUAUGGAAGGAAUGGAGUUUGUUUUCCACUUUAUUCUGAUUUAAAAGAAGAAGAAGGGGCUAGAAGAUACUCGAAUGGAAUAUUCCUUGGUGUGAAUUUGGCUGCUUUUGUCAUUAUAGUAUUUUGCUAUUCCAGUAUGUUUUACUCCAUCAACAAAACUGGCCUUCAGACAUCUAAGGUAAAAACUCACAUUCACAGGGAUGUUGCUAUAGCAAAUCGCUUUUUCUUCAUAGUGCUGUCUGAUGCUCUUUGUUGGAUUCCCAUUUUCUUACUGAAAGUCCUUGCUUUACUGGACGUCGAUGUUCCAGGAACAAUAACAUCAUGGGUGGUAAUAUUCAUCCUACCAAUAAACAGUGCCUUAAACCCAAUACUUUAUACACUCACAACCAGCUUCUUCAGGGGAAAGUUGAAGCAGAUGUUUUCUCGGCAACACAGAAAAGGCACUAACAAAAGCAGGAAGAGUUUGUCAUCUCUCAUGUGGUCAGACAGUUCCUCAAGGAGAUCAUCGUCACUUCAAAUGGGAUUUUUGCAAAGGGCAUCUCUGGGGGAGAAUGUAGUACAUUCAAGGUAGGGUUAAUGAUAAUAGUGUUGUAUGUGUUAAGACUUUUCAGUCUGGACUUUCACAUAAGAACAAGCCUGGACAUUGCCUUGAACAACUAAUCUCUUAAUGCUGUUCUACAGACUCUUUCAGCAUUGUGGCAUCCCUGCUUUGUGCAAGAACCAAAUUCAUCAAACUGUGCCAAACUUUUGUCACAUGCUAAUACUAGAAAGGGCAUUAAUAACAUGAAGUGAUCACCCAGUCAUGGUCUGUCAAUCAGAAAACAUUUUAUUUCUGUGUUCACCUUCAUGGAGCUACAUCAAAGAAAUGUCUCCAUUUUGCUGCUUUUCACGUCGGGGAAUAUCUAUGUCAUGAAAAAGACUAUGGUCACACUGUUUGUCUUUUAUGAAUAUGCCACUUAUGUAAAUACAUUAUUUCUUUGUACAGUCUUUGAAUAAUUUACUGUUCCCUUCUGAGAUCUCGCACACACAUGCAUACAUACCUAAGGUUAGACAACGGUCAUUGUUAAUGUCUGAGUAAUUUUAUUUAUAAAUAUUUGAGAAGUCAUUGCUUACAAUAUCAAACAAGAUGUUUUGCUAUGUCUGUUCUACUUUUCAAAUAAGCUUCACUGAGGAUUAUGUGAACAUAUAUUUUAAAAAGUUUUUAAUAAAAUGUUUCAUGAAAUUAAAAGAAACCAGCACAUUACUAUAAAAUGCAGAUUAUUUUAUUGUAUUUAUGUUUUGCUGAAUGCAUUAGUCACACUAGGCUUAUUGCUUACAUUCAGAGGAAACCUGACUGUAUUGAACUGAGGAAGUUUGCCCAAAAUACAAGGAAAUUGUGCUACUCUUUGGCAGAGGGCAUUAAGAAUUGUACUUAUACUGAAGUAAGGAGGAAGGAAGAAACAUGCAUGUAUUUGAAAAAUGAGGAAUUGUGUCAGCAGAAACUGAAUUUAAUUUGGCAUUUUGUUCACAGAGUUGAAUACCAUAUGCUACUGAUGAUGCACUGAUUAAAAUAUUCAAAGAAGCAGAUGUCCAGAGUGAAAAUAACAAAGCCUAAGGGUUACAGUGGAUGAAAAGGAAGAAGUUGUCAUUUUCACAAUGGAUAAUGCAUGAAUCUCCUCAUGGUGGAUAAGCGGGGAGCCAGUGGGUAAAGGGCAAAUAUUGUUUGAGUGAGAAUGGAAUUAAGACCACGGACAGAGGUUGACAUUAAGUAGAAUAAUCCCCAACUAACAUACCCUCCCAUAACUAUUAGCUGCCUCCUUAUUAACAGACUACCAAGGUACUUGUGGACAAAACUGGGUUGGGUUGUGUGGCUAGGCUUAUAAACACCCUCGUGGUCAUUAGCCUAGUCAAACUUAUGAACCUAUCAACCAUUAGGAGGAUGAUAAAGAUUGUAUCAUGGUAAAUUGUGUACAUUAUUAUACUUUAAGGCUUGUAGAUGUCAGAAUUACUCAAAUAUAUCAUGUAGAAGAGUUGCAGAGUUUGUUGAAACAAAAACUGAAAUGGUCAAAAUGGGUUGAUGAAUGUUUUGGCAUAAUAUUUGUUUUCUAAGGCUUUGAGUAUCAUUUUUAUGCUACCAGGGAGAUGUGUUGUUGGAUGUAGUUUGCAACGGUUUUGCACUAAGCAUGGUUUCUAUGUAUGCAUUUGCAGCAACCAUGACUAGGAAGGAACUGUUAGAGAGUCUAAAGUUAUUUGUAAUUGUAGAUGUGAAUACAGUAGGGACAGGGAAUUUGAAAUGCUAGCUUUUAAUAAUACUACUAGUAAUAAUAAUAAAAUGCAAUUGAUGUGAAGGAAUGAAGAUGUUCAAGGGGAAGCCUAUGGUUAAGUAAUGAAAUUAUUUUAACUUUUAAGCAUGGUCAGAUUAUUUCAGAUGAUACAUGAUUUUUCAGUCAGUUUUAAGGAAGUAAAAAAUUGUUCUCUUAGGUGGCAAUUUCAGAUCACGCAGCAGUAUGUAGUGAGCUUACGUAAAACAAUCAUACAUUCAUGAUAUGUAAGGGAUGAAAUGGACUUGUUAUUUGACUGCACGUGAGUGUUUUUUGUUAGAAGUGAAACUUAUGUAAAAGAAGGCCAUGGAUGUAAGACAGUUUUGUAAAUUAUGGGAUGAGUGAUGAAUAAACUGGAAAAGGAAGCAUACAGUGAUGUAGACAGAUGUAAAGAAAUGAUAUGGGGAUUGCAGGCAUUUGAUAUAUGCUUUAUGUUCUAUUAAAGUAAUGCACAGUAGGAAAGUUAAGGAAAUAUAAAAGGAAAACAUGGAAAAAAAGUAACAAUUUGUGAAGAUUUUGCUGGAAGAAAGCUGUACAUCAUUUGUUGGGUAAAAAGGAGAAAAGAAUCAUUGAUGAGCAGUUGGAAAGAUGACAGAGUAUGCCACUUGUGGCAAAAAUUCAUGAAUAUAUAACAGGCAUACAUAUUAGUAUAGUGGGGGUGAAAAAAAUUUAGAACAGUGGAAAAUGAAUAAUUUAACAAAGGACAAAAAGUGUUGAAUAGAUAAGGGUGCUAGUUUGGGAAAUAUAGAUUAAGCAUUUAGUAAGGAUUGACUAGAUUCUGCAACCUGAAUAUUAUAAAUUGAUGCCAGGAGGACAAAAAUGGGUUUAUUAGAGUAAUGAAUGAGUAGUGUGUAAAAGAAAUGGUGCUGUCAAAAGGGUUAGGCAUAGUGUUAAGGUAGAUUUGGAAAAAAGGUGGUCAAAAUAAUUUUGACAACUGGAGACCAAUAAGUCAAAAUCAUUAUGAAAUCAUAAAAAAACAUCACGGUAAAGAAGUUAAUUAGUAUAGAUUGUAAAUGGAGUCAAAAACUGAGAUGGGGACGAUUUUGUGAAUGUACUCUUUUGGGUGUCAAAAAAUGUAUAAAUGUACAAACUAUUGCCCUUAAAAAUGGAUAUGAUGGAAGAUAAAUAGAGAUGGAUAAAGGCUUAAAGCACGUUUGCCCACUAAAUGGGUAACUAUUUGUUUACUAAUGACUAGAGUAGUGACACAAGUAAAUGUGAGAGUAUUAUAGGGAAGAUGUGAAAAAUAAAUGAAUUUGUGAGUACCUUAUAUUUAUAUCUAUAUAAAUGACACAAUAUGUAUUAUCAAAAAUAAAACAACAGAUUAAGGACAUAUAAACCUUAUUCAGAAGGAAAUAAAGGUGGUAGGUUGAAUUUAAUAAAAAAGGGGAAAGAUUAUGGAAAUGUUGAAAACACGGGAGAUGUAUAGUUUAAUAAAGGAGAAACUGAAGUAUCAGGUAAUUGUUUUAUUGGAAGCUAGUAUGUAGUUCACAGUCAAGAGUUAGAACUGAGAACUGUAAAGGAGAUUCAGAAAAUGUGGUCAUCUUUUAAGGUGUUAUUUGAAAAGCGUGUGUACUUGCUUAGAACAGUAAUGUUAAACUUGUUUAAUUAUUGGGCAGCUAGAUAUAGUUCAUUUUGCAGUUAGAAAAAUGCUUUUUUUGUCCUGGGGAUUGAGUUUGACUCUAGUAAAAAAGUAUUUUUUAAUAAAAAAGGAAUGAUACAGUUAAUAAAUCCAUUUUAUUUUUUGCUUCAUUACAUUUGCAUUUUGUGCUGAAAGAAAAAAAUAUGAUGAGGCAUCUUUUAAGUAUAAUGUUGAGAAUAAGUAUAAAACAUUAUGGGAAAUGAUGGAUAAAGGAAAAGGAAGUUUACAUUAUGCAUAUUCCAAAGGAUUUGAUAACAAGAGUGUACACUUUGUGCUACUCCAACACAUUUAGUUUGUGUUUGCACGACAAGCAUUAGUGCUCACUGAUUAUGCAAGCUGCUAAGCAAUUCUACAUGUUAAGCAGCACAUGUUUAUGGCAAGAAUAACUGCUAGCAGCCAUGCUGAGGUACACAGAGUUUUGAGCACGCAAUAUAAACAACAGGUUAUAAAUAAGCUUAUGCUUAUUGUGAACACAUGAAGACAGCAUGAUACAAGGCUAGGGCAAGCUUAAAUAGGAAACUGUGUUGAUAUAACCAGAGAUUACUGUGCAAACAAAAUAUUCCCUACUUAUAUACUGCCUCUGUGUUCUUCACUAACGGUA